GCCUGGGGCUGUCGGGGCUGAGCGGCUGCUACAGAAAGGCACACCUCAGGCACGGCUCGUUAUGCCCCCGGGGCAGCCAGGAGCCAUCGGGAUCAAUAAGGCGGGGCGGGGCGUCUGGCAGCAUCCCGCGCGGUACGACAGUGGGCGAGUGCCAGGCCCGGCGGGGAGCUCCGAGAAUCUGCGCGAACGACUCGCCAGUCUGUUCGGGCGGUCUGGGUGUGCUACACGUGCGGGAGGCAGGCUGUGACGCGCGGCCGUGUGUGGGAUUGCUAAUAUCACAGCACGUGUGUGUUGAAUGACCCCAGCCUUUGAUUACAGGCCUGAUGACAACUCUGAUGAUGCCGAGCGAUUACGGUGUGGAGAUGUUCCUCGGCUCUUCCCCCGUUCUUACCUCGGGCUACCUCGCCUCCCAGCCCUUCAUCCAUGACUACCCUCGCCUGACGCCCCUGCAGACUGCCCCACCACCCUCCAGGCCACUCCGCUGCAGGCCAACCCCCUCCACUCCUUCUGGGGCUCCGGCAACCAGUCAUGCAGCGCGAUGGUCAACAGUAACGCCUUUAGGAGUACCCUCGAGACCAGCACUCAGUUGAGCUGCUCGUCGGCCUACGCAAACGGGAUUGGUGCCAGGAACAGCUUCAGGUCCAAAAUUCGCCGUUCGCCCCCCAAAAAGAAAUUGGACACACCGACCUUGCAGCUCCAGCCGAUCAAGUCCUGCCUCGUUGCCCGCCAAGACGAGGCCGAGCUGGAGCUGGGCGCCAUCUCCCCCACCAGACUACAGAAGAAGGUGGUCUUCGCCGACACCCAGGGUCACCUGCUUACGGAGAUCCGGUCCUCACAGAGCGUCCAGACUGCCCCUGAGAUGGACCCUGACUUCGAGAGAGCAGGUAUCCAGUUAUCCUUUAUGUUCUCUCGUAGUGUCGUUCUGUCCUCCACGUCCUUCUAG